AUGCGUCUGUCGCUUCUCCUCUCCCUCCUCCCGCUUGUCGCUGCCAGCCCAGCUGGCAAGCGUGCUGAGCCCGCCCCGAUCCUGUCUGCUCGCGGCGAGACCAAGGACAUUAUCGCCGACAAGUACAUUGUAAAGUUCAAAGACGGCAGCUCGCUUGCUGGCCUUGAGGAGGCCUUCGAGUCGGUGGGUGAGAAGCCCGACACCGUCUACUCGGAAGGUGUCUUUCUAGGCUUCGCUGGCAAGAUGAGCAGUCUCACCCUCGAGGCGGUCCGCCAGCACCCUGAUGUCGAGUACAUUGAGCAAGCCUCGCGCAUGUCGGCUCAGGGCUACAUCACCCAGGGUCGCUCUUCCUGGGGCCCUGCCCGCAUCUCCCAUCGCAAGCCCAACAGCAACCAGUACAACUACGACGAGAGCGCCGGCGAGGGCACCUGCAGCUACAUUAUCGACUCUGGCAUCGACGCCGACCAUCCCGAAUUCGAAGGCCGCGCCACCGACCUCGGCCGCUGGGGCCCCGGCCCGGACCACGACGACUGCAUGCACGGCACGCACGUUGCCGGCAUCAUUGGCAGCAAAACCUACGGCGUCGCCAAAAAGACGCAGCUCUUUGGCCUCAAGGUCCUCAGCUACUCGGCGCAGGACGACGGCGGCUGCCUCGGCGACAACUCGGACAUUAUCGCGGCCGUCAACGCCGUCGCCAAGGACGCCGCCGAGCGCCACUGCCCCAACGGCGUCUUUGUCAACAUGAGCCUCGGCGGCGGCUACUCGAGGGCGCUCAACGACGCCGUCGAUAACCUCGCGGGACGCGGCGUCUUUGUCGCCGUCGCCGCGGGCAACAAGAACAAGGACGCCAGCGGCGUCUCGCCCGCGUCGGCCAAGAAUGUAUGCUGUGUCGGCGGGACGGACUCGUCGGACCACCGCUACGUGGACUCGAAUUACGGCGCCAACGUAGACGUUGCCGCUCCGGGCGUCGUCGUCCUCUCGACCUUUCCCAACGGCCGCACCGGCUACAUGACUGGCACAUCCAUGGCUACUCCUCACGUCGCCGGUCUUGCCGCUUACCUGGCCGCCAAGGACGGCGUCUCCGGUCCCGACAUCUGCAGCACCAUCCAAGAUUCGGCCACGGCCAACGCCAUUGUUGAUCAGAUUCGCGGCACCAAGAACUUGAUUGCCUUUAACGGCAACCCUCGUGGCUAA